AUGCGGUCUUGGUUCUCACAGGUGAUUGUCGCCGGGCUUGGUGCCACCUUGACUGUAGGUUCUCCAUGCACUGGCUGUGACACAUCAAAAUACCUCACGGUGAACACAUCCAAUGGGCCGGUAACGGGCCACCUCGCGAACAAUUCCAAUUGUGUGGUUGAAUACCUCGGCAUUCCGUAUGUGAAGCCUCCCGUGGGCGACUUGCGUUUUGCGCCGCCUGAGAGAUUUGUUGCGACGGAGCCUUCUGAAGCUGCAAGUUUUGGAUUCGACUGCCCGCUGUCGCCAUCUAAGCAGGUCGAUUAUCCCGGCUUUACUCCGCAAGCACAGCGCAUCAUUUCCUACUUCGCAUCUGGAGCAGCAACUCCCCAGAGUGAGGAUUGCUUAACGCUCAAUAUUUGGUCCAAGGCGGCUAGCAGCUCCGACAAAGCGGCAAAGCCAGUUGUAGUUUUCUUCUACGGUGGACGUUUUACAAUUGGCAAUACCGAUAGCCCGUUCUACAAUGGCAAAUAUUUUGCGGCUGCACAAGACGUAGUUGUGGUUACAGUCAACUAUCGCCUCAAUAUUUUCGGCUUCCCCGGUGCUCCUGGUCAAAUACAAAACCUAGGCCUCCGUGAUCAACGUGCUGCAGUCGAGUGGGUUCGCGACAACAUCUCACGCUUCGGCGGCAACCCUUUCAAAAUCACCAUUGCUGGCCAGUCCUCUGGCGGUGUGUCGGUUGACUAUUGGACUUAUGCCUACCAACAAGACCCCAUUGUCAAUGGCAUCAUUGCUCCUUCAGGCAACGCAUUCAGCUUUCCGGUCAAUGCUGAAGACGUUCCGGAGAAGAACUGGAACACUGUCGUCACAGCUGUCAACUGCACCAAUGCUACGGAUGUUAUGGCUUGCAUGCGUCAGGUCGACUGGCAGUCGAUAAAAACGGCUGCGGCCAGUGUGAAGCCAACAUCCAGCACCAGUGUCCUUCGCUCAAUUCCUGCUUUCUACCCUAUUCCCGACGAUGAGAUCGUAUAUUCGGACUAUGUUAAUCGGACAGCCGCAGGCAGCUUCGCCAAAGUCCCUAUAUUCCUCGGACAUAACAACAACGAGGAUGGUUAUUAUCGCAUUCCUGCUUACGGUAACGGUGUCAUACCAACAGACGCCCAAGUAACGGCUUUCCUUCUCGAGUCAUUCACCUGUCCUGUGUCCUAUCAAGCUGAAGCUCGCCGUGUCCAUGGUGUGCCGUCAUAUGCUUGGCGAUAUAUGGCAGACUGGAACAACACCCGUCUGUACCCUACGAGCGGUGCAUAUCACGGCGUGGACCUACACAUGAUAUUCGGCGCAUCUGCCGAUGUUAGUGGCUUGCCUACAGAGCCGGACCAACGCAUCUUAACUGAGAAGAUGCAGAAGGCGUGGUUCGCUUUCAGUGAUGAUCCCGUUUCAGGCUUGGGUGAGAACAAUGAGCCUGAGGUGAAGUUCGUCAAGCCUUCCGAAUACGAUUCGCCAUGCUCGACCAUUACAAUGGGGGCUCUGGGGACUUCUUCCGCGUAA